GGGAGGCCGAGGUGGGUGGAUCAACAGGUCAGGAGUUCGAGACCAGCCUGACUAGCAUGGUGAAACGCCAUCUCUAAUAAAAACACAAAAAUUAAUUGGGCGUGGUGACACGCACCUAUAAUCCCAUCCACUCAGGAGACUGAGGCAGGAGAAUUGCUUGAACCUGGGAGGCGGAGGUUGCAGUGAGCCAAGAUCAUGCCACUGCACUCCAGCCUGGGCUACAGAGCGAGACUCCAUCUAAAAAAAAAAAAAAAAAUCUCAGAUCCUGAGAGUGACGCUAUGAGGCAGGUAUAACGUAAUUUUCAUCUCAUGAAUGAGGUUUAGAGGAGUCAGAUGACUUGUCCAGGGCCACACAGCCAGUGGACAGAGAGCUGGAAUUUGAGCUGGGGUGUGCCCAUAGUCCCUCCGCACAUCCUGCCUGUCCCUUGAAUGAGCCCCAUACCCCCAGCCUCACCUGGUGGUGGCAGGUGUGGUCUCCCCACGGAGGGCUUCUCUGUGACAUCCCAUAGCCCUUAUCCUCACCCGUGGACACAUUCAGGCUGCAGUCCAGAGAGCCUGUAAUUUGAGUCUCAUCAAGCAGGGGGUGACGACAUGGGUGGGCAGGUGACAGCCAGGGCAGGGAGAUUUGCCCAGGCACUGGUACACAACAGCCUGGCAACCCGUGUGGCUCCGAGGAAGCUGGGGCUUAAGGGGUGCAUCCUGGAGCCUGGGGUGUGGCUCAUACCAUGGGCAGCAAGCAGACGGUCUUCACUCAUGAGCAGCUGGAAGCAUAUCAGGACUGCACAUUCUUCACGAGGAAGGAGAUCAUGAGGCUCUUCCAUCGGUACCAGGACCUGGCCCCGCAGCUCGUGCCCCUCGACUAUACCACCUGUCCUGAUGUGAAGGUGCCCUACGAGCUCAUUGGCAGCAUGCCCGAGCUGAAGGAUAACCCCUUCCGCCAGAGGAUCGCCCAGGUCUUCUCUGACGAUGGGGAUGGCCACAUGACCUUAGAUAACUUUUUGGACAUGUUUUCCGUGAUGAGCGAAAUGGCUCCCCGUGACCUCAAGGCCUACUAUGCUUUUAAAAUUUAUGAUUUUAACAAUGAUGACUACAUUUGUGCGUGGGACCUGGAGCAGACCCUGACCAAACUGACUCGGGGGGGACUGAGUGCUGAGGAGGUGAGCCUGGUGUGCGAGAAGGUGCUGGAUGAGGCUGAUGGGGACCAUGAUGGGCGGCUGUCCCUGGAAGACUUCCAGAACAUGAUCCUCCGGGCACCAGACUUCCUCAGCACCUUCCACAUCCGAAUCUGAUGGUGCCACAGAGGAGCCGGGCUACAGGAGGGAGGGUGACCCCUCACCUGCUGUGGACUCUUGUUUCUGGGAAUAAACAGAAGUCACCAAGUCA